UGAGAGAGAGAGAAUGGAGAAGAGUAAGAGCAAGGUUUUGAUAGUGGGAGGGACAGGAUACAUCGGAAAGAGGAUCGUUAAGGCUUGUUUGGAAGAGGGUCAUGAAACCUACGUGCUUUUGCGGCCGGAAAUCGGUAUGGAUAUAGACAAGCUACAGAUUUUGUUAAAGUUUAAGGAAGAAGGAGCUCAUCUUGUGGAAGGUUCUUUUUCCGAUCACCGGAGUUUGGUGGCGGCGGUGAAACUGGUGGAUGUUGUCAUCUGUCCUAUGUCUGGAGCUCAUUUAAGAAGUCAUAAUAUCUUGAUGCAACUUAAACUUGUAGAUGCCAUCAAAGAAGCUGGUAAUGUCAAGCGAUUUAUACCAUCAGAAUUUGGAAUAGAUCCCUCGACAAUGGAAAAUGCUCUAGAACCUGGGAGAGUGACAUUUGACGAGAAGAUGAUUGUUAGAAAAGCCAUCGAAGAAGCUCAAAUUCCCCACACCUAUAUCUCGGCCAAUUGUUUCGCUGCUUAUUUCGCCGCAAAUCUUUCUCAGAUGGGUACUCUUCUUCCUCCUAAAGAUAAUGUUGUCAUUUAUGGGGAUGGAAACGUCAAAGUUGUUUUUGUGGAUGAAGAUGAUGUGGCAAAGUAUACCGUUAAGACUAUAGAUGAUCCUCGUACCUUAAACAAAACAGUGUAUCUUCGACCCUCAGAAAACAUACUUACCCAGAAUGAAUUGGUUGAUAAGUGGGAAAAACUCGUUGGCAAAAAGCUCAACAAAAUCAACAUCUCUUCUACCGACUUUCUAGCCUCUUUGAAAGGAUUGGAGUUUAAUGAGCAAGUUGCAGUAGGCCAUUUCUACCACAUCUUUUAUGAAGGAUGUUUGACGAAUUUUGAGAUAGGGGAAGGAGGUGAAGAGGCCUCUCAACUCUAUCCCGAUGUUAACUACACUCGUAUGAACGACUUUUUGAAACGUUAUCUCUAAUUAUACAUGAUUUCUUUUUUGUACAACUAAACAAACGAUUUAUGGUUUGUUUUAUGCAUUUGUAUUUCGGUCUUGACGUUUUGUGUGUGUAUUUUCAUGAAUUCCAUCUAUACCUUUUGUAAUAAGUGGCAUAUCUUGUUAUUUAUAGUGCCUACAAUACUAUAUUACAAUAU